UAGGCCAUCUCCAGUUUCGUUCCUAAGACCAGCCACGGACGAUAGCAUCUCUUUCUUCGCACCGUUCAUUGAUUCCCUCACCACCUCAGGCUCUAUAAAGCUGCUUAAAACAACAAGACAACCAUGAAUCCAGUCUUCGACAACUUAUGAAGCAUCUAUCCUCCUUUCCUUCACCACCAUAGGCAACACAAUAGUUUUAGCUAAACACCAGCAGCUCCAAUCCAACUUCAACAAGACUAACAACAACAAACUCGACACCUUCAACCUCUUUCACCAGCAACCCAUGACGACCACUACAACACUGAACAACCUUCACAACAAACCUGCAAUAGUCUAUAACAACAAAGAACAAUAGACAAAGAAACCAAUAGUGAAGGAGAAAGAAACAAAUCUGAAGGAGAGAGAAAGUUGAAUCUUGAGGUCUCUAGAUUUCCUUCCUUGAGUAGUAAUGGGCGUCACAUCCACUAUAGGAGUGAAGAAGAGACCAGGGCGCUUCAGAUCCAGCAGCGGCAACACGUGAAUCCACGCGCCGACAGUGGUGGAGAGGAGGGGCUGCUUCAAUAUUCAGUUUAAAUUUCUUUUGGUUCUGCUCAUGCAAAAACUAACACCAUUAUUGAAAUGGAUAAGGUUAUCCUUCGAGAAUGGCUUAGCUGAUGUUAACCAUUGUGGUGUGACAAAUCAGCUACAGUGUCGAAGGGGUUAAUGUUAUAAUUGAAAUAUUUUUUUAAUGUUUUCUAGUUAUGAAAGAUGACAUUAUUACCAAAUCACCACUGCUGGGUCUUAGCCACAGUGGCAGUUCUAACCUUUGUUCAUCUGUUCCAGAUGCAGCGAGGAGAGAAAGCUCCAGCUCCAUUUGUUUCAAUGAGAGAAAUGACGAACAUGUUCCAAUCAAAUACAAGAAUAUUGUCUGUCACACUUUACGGCGUAACUUUCGGACAAGCAGAGGUGAUGCUAUCUAGGUCACUUUGAUCCAAGGGUACAUUAUCCAAAUCCAGGGUUCUUAAAUUUGAAAUCAAUCCCCAGCGCAAUAUAUAUGUUUGUUGGUGUUCAUUUUCUCUCAAAAGCAGCCAGCAAACUCCGGCGGAUUUGUUUUAUUUUUCUUCACGAGGUGAGUUUUCUAGCCUCUGUUUGGUUGCUAGGAAAAUUUAACUGAAGAGAAAAUCAAAACCAAAGACCUAAAUAUCAGAAGAAUUAAUCAUCUACUGUUCGUUCUAUACAAGCGAAAAGUUUUGGAGUUCAAUUUAUUUUCUCAGUAGCCAAACAAACAAAGGAUACAGAAAUCUUGAUUUGUGAAUUUAGUAUGUUUUAGUUAAUAAUUGUUUGAUAAUUCGUGUGAUUGACUUGCUAAAUUUGAAAAUGAUACAGAAAUUAGUAUGUGCUGUUUCCUCACGGUUCUGCUGGCCGCGAGGACAUAUUUAUAUGGAAAUUUACUUCGAAUGGAGAAUUCUCUACAAACACAGCUUAUGGUAUGUUAGAGGAUCAUAAAUGGAUAGCAAUUUACAUGAAAAUAUUGAUUCUUUUUUUUUUCCUAGAGAAGCUUGUGGUUAUUUGAAGUGAAUUUGAUAUGAGAGAGGUCGUUAAUGUGAAGAAUUUACUUGUUCAUAAAUGUGACUUAGAUGGUCUUCGUGCUUUGGUUACUGUUUUUGGAUUCGAUGCUCAUGCUCUCAGGGUUUACUUGCAAUAAAAGUUGUGUGGAGACAAUGUAGUCUAUUCGUUCUAAACAGUUCAUUAGUUUUCCUUGUCAGAACAGAGACAUAACAGACUGCAGGUAAAUUGAUGGCGAUGAUCAGGGUUAGGAUGGGUGUCACAACCUGUAUAUGAACUGAAAAAAAGGGGGAUUUCUAAGUGUGAUAUAUGAAUCUGAGUUUUUUACUCUGGACCAUGAUGGCUAGUAUUUUGAGAAAGGGCAAACAGAGGAAAUACCUCUUUGAAGCCAUAUGACUAAAAAAAGGGUUAUUUUCUCAGUAACCACAAUAAGUUAAAAAGCCACCUACAGAUUUCACCUUGUUUUUUUUGAAAAGAUGAAUAAACAAAUUCUUUAUCCAAUCAUUCUUGACAGCGUAAGUUUCGGACAAUCAGAGGUGAUGAUAUCUAGGUCACUUUGAUCCAAGGGUACAUUAUCCAAAUCCAGGGUUCUUAAAUUUAAAAUCAAUCCCCAGCGCAAUAUAUAUGUUUGUUGGUGUUCAUUUUCUAUCAAAAGCAGCCAGCAAAUUCCGGCGGAUUUGUUUUCUCUUUCUUCACGAGGUGAGUUUUCUAGCCUCUGUUUGGUUGCUAGGAAAAUUCAACUGAAGAGAAAAUCAAAACCAAAGACCUAAAUAUCAGAGGAAUUAAUCAUCUACUGUUCGUUCUAUACAAGCAAAAAGUUUUGGAGUUCAAUUUAUUUUCUCACUAAUCAAGGGGUAGCUGUGAAAAUGAUUCUUCUUUUGCAGGCUGAAAUUACCAAGAUGUUAGCUGGAGAGAUCUAUCUGCUAUAUGAAAUAGAACAUUCCAACAUUGUUAGUGAACAAGUUGGUGAUGUGGAAUUAGAUGAUGUCUGGUUUGCCUAUCCAUCUCGUCCUAACCAUAUGGUUCUCCAGAUAAAUUAGCUUCCCUUAACUACCUCUCAAAAGUUGCUCUUGUUGGCCCGAGUGGUGGUAGGAAAAGUACCAUUCCUUUUCUUUUUUUCUUUUCUUUUAAGAAAUAUACUGAGUUCUUAUGCUGCUUCAUUAUUUAUACCGAAAAUUCCAAUUAGAGUGCUUAUAGACUAAGUUUGAGGUUUGAAACAUAAAGUUGAAUGUCACAUGCCUCUUAUGCUAAUAUUAUUUUGCUUCUUGUAGACCACAAAUAGCAAACUUGAUUGAAAGGUUUUAUGACCCAAUCAAGGGAAAGGCUCUCUUAAAUGGAGCUCCACUAGUAGAAAUAUCACACGAAAAUCUACACAGGAAGACAGUAUAGUGAGCUAGGAGCCUGUUCUUUUCAACUGCUUUAUAGAGCAGAAUAUAGCCUAUGGGUGAGGAUAAAGUCAGUAGUAUGGAUAUAGAAAAUGCAGCGAAAAUGGCCAAUGCACAUGAUUUCAUAUCAAAAUUCUCAGAUAAAUAUCAAACUUUCGUAGGAGAACGUGGGCUAAGACUUUCAGGUGGUCAGAAACAGAGAGUAACAAUUGCUAGAGCCGUAUUGAUGAACCCAAGGAUCCUCCUCCUUGAUGAAGCUACUAGUGCUUUGGAUGCUGAAAGUGAAUAUCUAGUGCAAAUCAGUUUGCGAGACAACCUAAACAGUUUUCGUUUUAGUUUCUAAGAUUUUUUUUUUCCAAAAACUUGAUACCAUUUAUUCCUCACAUUAUUUUUUUACAAGUUAUCUCAUGGUGGAAAUUUUGUAGGAUGCCAUGGAUUCUCUAAUGAAGGGAAGGACUGUUCUAGUCAUAGCCUACAAUGAAAAUGAUACUGAAACUUUUGUUGGCGCAUAACACUUGAAAUGGACAGUUGUCCACUAGGAGGAGCCUAUGGAAUUGUUUAUUCAGCUACUGACAGAGCUACUAAUCAAGGGGUAGCUGUGAAAAUAAUUCCUUUUUUGCAGGCUGAAAUUACCAAGAGGUUGGCUAGAGAGAUCUAUCUGCUGUAUGAAAUAGAACAUCCCAACAUUGUCAGGUUACAACGCGCUUUCUUUCAUGAUGACAAGCUGUGCUUGGUGUUUGAGCUCUUCAGUUGCAAUAUGAGAGAGCUUUUGGGGCAGGAUCACAGAAAUUCAAAUAUCCAGACAUAGUAAAGGUAAAAAAAUUAUUUAACUUGCGUCGUGUUCUUAAUUGAGAAAAUUUUUGGGUGCUGCAGGAGCUUAUGCGAUAGAUUCUCAGUUGUACCUUGUACUGCCAUAGCCUUGGAAUUUUACAUCGUGAUUUGAAACCAGAAAAUGUGCACAGUGACUUUGGAUCGGCUCGGGUUUCAUUCACUCUAACACCACACUUAGCCCCCAGGUGUGAGAAAAUAAUGCUUUUACUUACUAAUCUAAACACAUCAGUGUUUUUUUGUUGAAAUUCUUCAUGCUGUAAGAGUAAGAUCUUUGAAAGAUUGAGUAUAUUUUGAUUGAAUUAAGAUUGAAUGUUCUUGCAAGAGAUUGAAUCAUGUAACCAACAAGCAACUGUCUUAGGUAAAAAAUAAAACAUUACACUUAGCAGCUAUAAUACAGGUUUCCAUAUCAGCCAAGGUACAAAUAAAAGUCUAUAACUGAAAUAACAAAAAAUGAAGACUACGAGGAAAUGGUGCAACACUUAUUUUCUAGGCAGCAGAGCUAGUUAGUGACUGUAAUUGUUGGUUUUGCACUCCAGGACGACCGAACCAACCUAUACACUAAUGACAUUACAGAGUAGUGUGUUCCAGUAGUAGCAAAGAAUGCAGUAGCUCCUUUAUUUUUUUCCCUCAAUUGUCUGAAUUCUCAUACAAGUACUUGGGGCACGCGAUUAUACUUGUGCUUCUCAGGUCUCUACUAUUGCGUAUAGGGCGCUAGAGAUGCUCCAACCUACAUAGGUGUUGUUGAUGUUUGGUCUAUAAGAUGCAUAUUUGCUGAGAUGGCGAGGGAAAAAGAUUUAUUUGGAGGGCAUUCAGAGAUGAGGUAUUAAAAAAGAUAUUCAGGUAUCAUAAAUUUUGUGAAUAUUAACUUUCUUUUUCAUUUUAUUGUCUAUAUCCUAUUCAAACAUGCUCAUUUGGUCGAAAUUUCUUAUGAAGUAUAAUUGGAACUCCUAAGAAGGACAAACUCUAUUCAUUACCAUCAUUCUCUCUCGCCAUUCCCAAUAAUGAACCCAAGGUAAAGUGAUAGUUAGACUCCAUAGCUGUUUAAGUGCUUUAAAUGCAUUUUAUUUUCUAAUCAUAAAAUUAUGUUGCUGCUCUUAAGAUUUAACUAAAGUAGUGCCGCAGUUGAACGAUGAUUAAAUUGAUCUCCUUGGAGUUAAGUACUAGUUUGAACUUGUUUAUAUAAUAUAACUACACAAAAGAAAGGAUGACUUUGAGACUGGACACUCUUGGCUGCGUAUGUUCAAGAUUUUUCAGUUUAGAUUGUUUUUAUGCUUUGAAUUUAUCCGCUUUCUUGGAUUGUGAUUUGUUUGUGUUUGGGAGUUUGAUCUACAGCCUCUACAACACAUUAGAAAACAGCAUAACCCAGAAGCAGGAACAUGCAAAGAUCAAACACUAACAAAUCACAACCCAAGAAAACAGAUAAAUUCAAAGCAUAAAAACAAUCUAAAUUGAAAAAUCUUGAACAUACGCAUCCAAGAGUGUCUAGUCUCAAAGUCACCCUUUCUUUUGUGUAGUUAUAUUAUAUAAACAAGUUCAACUAGGUACUUAACUCCAAGAAGAUCAAUUCCAUCAUCGUUCAACUGCGGCACCACUUUAGUUAAAUACUAGGAGCAACAACGUAAUUUUAUGAUUAGAAAAUAAAAAUGCAUUUAAAGCACUUAAAUAACUAUGGAGUCUAACUGCCACUUUACCUUAGGUUCAUUAUUAGGAAUGGCGAGAGGGAAUGCUGGUAAUGAACACAGCUCGUUGUCCUUGAGAGUUCUAGUUACACUUCAUAUGAAAUCUCGGGCAAAUAAGCAGGUUUGAAUAUGAUGUAGAUAAUAAAAUGAGCAAGAAAGUUAAUCUUCACAAAAUUCAUGACACCUGAAUAUCUUUUUUUAUACCUUGAUCUUUGAAUGCCCUCCAAAUAAAUUCUUUUCCCUCGCCAUCUUAGCAAAUAUGCAUCCUAAAGACCAAACAUCAACAACACCUGUGUAGGUUGAAGCACCUAAAAGGAUCUCUAGCACUCUAUACGCAAUAGUAGUGACCUGAGAAGCACAAGCAUAACCACGUGCCCCAAGUACUUGUAUGGGAAUUCAGAUAGUAAAAGGAAAAAAUAAUUAAAGGAGCUACUGUAUUCUUUGCUGCUUCUAGAACACACUACUCUAUAGUGUCAUUAGUGUAUAGGUUGGUUUUGUCGUACUGGAGUACAAAACCAACAACUACAAUCACUAAUUAGCUCUGCUGCAUGCCCGAAAAAUAAGUGUUGCAUCAUUUCCUUUUAGUCUUCAUUUUUUUUUAGUUAUAGACUUUUCUUUGUACCUUGGCUGAUAUGGGAGCUUGUACUAUAGCUGCUAAGUGUAAUGUUUUGUUUUUGACAUGAGGCAGUUGCUUGUUGGUUACAGGAUCCAAUCUCUUGCCAGAACAUUUAAUCAAAAUAUACUCAAUCUUUUGAAGAUCUUACUUUUACAGUAGGAAGAAUUUUAGCAGAAAAACACAUAUAUGUUUAGAUCAGUAAGUAAAAACAUUAUUUUCUCAUACCUGAAGGCUAAGUGUGAUGUUAGAGUGAAUGAAACCCUGAGCACCAGCUUUUUUCCAGAGAUGAGCGCAUUUUCUGGUUUCAAGUCAAUAUGUAAAAUUCCAAGGCUAUGACAGUACGAGGUACCACUAAGAAUCUAUGGCAUAAGCUCCUGCAGCACCCAAAACCUUUCUCAAUUAAGAACACGAUGCAAGUUAAAUAAUCUUUUUACAUUUACUAUGUCUUGAUCUUUGAAUCUCUAUGAUCCUGCCUCCAAAAGCUCUCUCAUAUUGAAACAGAAAAGCUCAAACACCAAGCACAACUUGUCAUCAUGAAAGAAGGCGCGCUGUAACCUGUGAAUCAACUUCGUAUAUAUAUUAAGGGUCAUCGGAGGACAAGACCUCUUUUCUGAUUAGAGAAAACAACAAACCUGACAAUGUUGGGAUGUUUUAUUUCAUACAACAGAUAGAUCUCUCCAGCCAACCUCACGGUAAUUUUAGCUUGCAAAAGAGGAAUCAUUUUCACAGCUACCGCUUGAUUAGUAGCUCUGUCAGUAGCUGAAUAAACAAUUUCAUUGGCUCCUCCUCCUAGUGGAUAACCGUCCAUUUCAAUUUUGUAAUUCUUCAUUUGAAAUGUCCUGCGCCAAUGAAAAUUUCGGUAUCAUUUUCAAAUUUAACAAGUCAGUCACAUGAAUUAUCAAACAAUUUUUAACUAAAACAUACUAAAUUCAUAUAUCAAAACUUAAGCCUAAUAUAAUGAAUUAUGUAGCUAAUCUUUGUUUGUUUGGCUAUUGAGAUAGAAUGAAUUAUCAACUAAAACAUACUAAAUUAUCUUCUUUCUGUGUUACUUCUUCCCUCACAUUCAUGACCGAUCUACCAUAAAGUUAAGACAUCCAAUGUUCAUAGUAUUAUCACUUAAAGUUGAAUUAAAUCGAAUUUGCUUUUCAAACCAAUACCAGUAAGAAUGAACAACUUCCACCAAAUCGUUUCCAUUAAAAGGAACAUCAACACCAAGAAAUAUAUCCCUACACUUGGACAUAUGGACUAUAACAUAAUCCUUGGCAGGUACUGAUGAAAAGACAAAUUCAUGUAAUAAAACCUUAUAAGCACCAAGUUCAACUUGUAUGUCACGUAACAUUUAUACUAAGAAAUGUAGAGAUGAUUAACUAGGGUAACUAGCCUAUUAACUAAGGUACUAGUCUCAUUAACCAGGGUAACUAGUUUUUCCGAUUUCUCAUUAACCAAGGUAUCUAGUUCCACCACUCAUUACUGGACACCAGCCUUAUUAUCGGGUAACUAGUUCCACACAUAUUAAUAUGAAAAUAAGAACAUACCACAAUCAACUUGUUUUUCCAUUACUUGACAUGAAUUUUUUGAAUAAAAUAUCAAGGUGUCAAGCUGUAACAACCCCGAUUUCCAACAUUCUUUUUCGCGAUACAUUGGAAAUUUUCAGGUAAUUUUUUUUUUGAUAUACUAGUCCCACCAAAUUUCUACCAAAAUUUCGAUAGAGUCUCCCCUAUAAUAGGAGGUCCCAAGUUAUCAACAAAAUCAUAUUACACUUUCAAUUUUAAUUCACAUUCUGAUCCAAUCAUCCUGGAUCUCAACCCAACUCAUCAUCAUCAACACAACACAUGUUAUUCAAUAACGUCAUAUAAUGUAAUUCAAGUGAAAGAUUCGAUUUCAACUCUAAACAUGCAUGGUUAAAUAGGUACUUAAAGUUACAAAUAUUAGAUUAAAGUCAUACAUUCAAAUUUACGGAUUAAUAUUACAUUUCAAGUUUUAGGAGAUAAGACUCUUAAUUUACAAAUAAUUACAUGGUCAAAAGCAAAAGGUAACUAAACUAAUAUCAUUUCGGACGCGACCCUGAUAGACCUAAAAAUAAAAAUUAACGUGUACAUACAAAUAUAAAAAGGUAAUAACAAACAAUAACAAUGAUAGGUAAUAAUCUCCAUAGAAUUUCUUUUGAGACAUAAAAUUAGGUAUAAACCUCUUUUACAACAUGCAUUUUCAAUCUAUUACCAAUAUCCAUCUAAUAUCAUAUCCCAUUUGUUGAGAAUAAUUUCAUCUUGGAAAUCUCAACACAACUCAACGAUUUUCGAAAGCCAUCUCCUUAUAAAUCAAUUCUCACUUUAUACCAAGACAUUCCUCUCUUAGUAUCAUUAACUUAUCACAUUCUUUUGAAAUAACUAAUCAAUAUUUUUCCUUUUAUUUUUUGGAAGGUAAUCGCCGACACUAAUAAAUCUCAUUAGUAUCAUUAGUCUUCUAAUAUUGGGCUAGACUAAUCAAUUAUAUUCACGUACCGAUAUUAACACAACCAAUUAGUAUCAUUAACUAUUCUUAUCUGGAGUAUCAAAUCUUAUUCAUAACUGGUUUACCAUCAAAGUUGCUGAUGUCAAGAACCCUUGACAUCAUUAGCCUCCUUACCUGGAGUAGCUAAUCACACCAGAAAUGGUUGCCGAUACCAAUGUGACCCAUUGAUAUCAUUAACUAUUCUCGACCCGGAAUAGUUAAUCAACUUAUCUUUUUCAUUGAACCAGGAGUAACCAUGCCGAUGUUAGUAAUCUUUACUAACAUCAUUAGUCACCCAAUUGCUCGAGAUCGACUAAUCAAUUUAAAAAAUACCUGCAUCGAUGAAACCUCAUUGAUACCAUUAGCAAUCCAAACCCGAAUUGCUAAUCAAUGUCACCCUAAAUGCCGGUACCAAUGAAACCUCAUUGAUACCAUUAGCUAUCCAAACUCGGAUAGCUAAUCAAUGUCACUUGAAUUUUUCAUUCGUAACGAUCCCCUUUCUUUCUUUCUUUUCUUCUUCUUCUUUUCUUUCUUCCUUUUUUUUUUUUUAACAUCAUAUGCAUUAAAACCAUUGUUGCUAAGUAUCAUUCACACACAAACUUAGUUAUCGAUACUACGACCAUAAUAACAUAAUUAAUUCGAUACAUAACACACGCAAGUGAUCACUCCUAUUCAUUCAAACAUUAUCCUAACUAAUAGAGGUAUAACGUUGCACAUAAGGUACUCUUAUUCAUUUUAAUAUCAUCGAAGCAAUAAAACAAUAAAUUCUGAAAUUUAUCAAUAAGUUUACACAAAUUAAAAAGAUAAAGUGUGAUACACCUGCCUUCACAUAAAUUAUUUAAACACAUACACAUCAUCAGUAUAAAUCAAGCACAUAAGGUCAUUAGAACUUGUACAGCUUUGAAGCUUAAGUUCUUUCGACUAAAUCCUGAUAUAUCCUUCGAAAGAAACAAUUUUUCAUAGUUAAAUAUCAAUCUGGAGUGUUUCUGCUUUGUACCCAUUAUUGCGCUUUCUGUUUUUGUUAUCUUGGACUGAUUUUAUGUCAUAAUUAUUCAGGUUACAGAGAAAAGACUUUGUCUUGUUUUGAUGGAAGAUCGUAUCAGCGAAUUGUCUGAUGACAUUCUGUCUUUCAUUCUCUCCUUUUUGACAAUGCAGGAUGCUGUUAAAACAAGGUUACUUUCACAUAGAUGGAGAUAUCUCUCUCCACCGCUCUCCCAUCUUCAGUUUGAUGUUUUUACUCUGUUUGGAACCCACGGGGAAAGUAGUUCUAAGUUUGUUACAGCUGUCGAUCAAGUUUUGCUAGCUUGCAGAGGUCCAAAAAUAGGCACUCUCAAGGUCCGCUUUGGCCUAGGCGAUGGCCAUGCUUUCCAUGUUGAUAGGUGGGUUUCAUUUUCCUCUGCAAUGCAGGUUGAGAAAAUAGCUUUUGACUUCUCAUGCUCUCCUAAAAGUUGUGGAAGUUAUAAUUUUCCAUGUCAUAUUCUUCCCGCUGAUAAAGCAUCUCAUUUGAAGCAUCUGUGCCUUGUUUCCUGCACGCUGAGGCUUUCUCCUAAAUUCACAAGCCAACUCAAUCCUUUAAGAACCCUGGAUUUGGAUGGUGUACCCUUGGAUCAAAGUGGCCUAGAUAUCAUCACCUCUGCUUGUCCGAAACUUACGCUGUUGAGAAUGAUUGGUUGUGGACUGCCUAAGAUUGUGUGCAUACACGGCCAACUCCUAUGUCUGAAGACAUUGAUCAUUCACGAUUCUUUGAUCAGUGUUGAGCUUAAGUCUAUUAAUCUUGAAAUCUUUGAGUUUUUUGGUCAUCCACGAAAACUCACUUUUGUUGACGUUCCGCAUCUGAAAAAAGCACUAGUACGGUCGCUUUUUAUUUAUCGGAGGACAUCGCCAAUAUGCAACGCGCUUGCGAAGGAUCUUCCUCAGCUUCAGUUUUUGUCUCUGAUAGUAAAGGAUGAGGUGCUGCCCCUUCCUGCAACCAGUCCUAAAUUCAUCUCUCUUAAACAACUGGAUCUGUCGAUAUGGCCGUUUAUAGAUUCUGACCUCCUCACAGUUAUCUACCUGUUGAAUGCCUCUCCUCUUCUGGAAAUCCUACAACUGAAGAUCGGUCAUCAAGGUGAGGGAAGAAGCAACGGAGAAAGAAGAGAAUACUCAAGGCAUACCCAUUCACAUUUGAAAGAAGUUAAAAUGGAAGGAUUUCGUGACAAAUGGAAUGCGAUGGAGCUCGCAAUAUAUUUGCUAAAAAACACCAUUGCACUUGAGCGAAUGGUGGUUGUAGUCUCAGAUUCCACCAUGCAGAUGGACCUAAGACAGAGGGUCGACAAUUUAUUGCAAAAGGAAAAAGGUAAUUCAACGGCGGAACUGAUCAUCCUUUGAUUGCCAUACUCUAUUUGAAGAGAGUUUUCUCUUUGAUAAUUUAUAUUGUGUUCUUAAUUAUUGUACUGAUGCGGACAAGAAGAAAAUUUUUACGAUGCUUUUCAUUUUAUUAGUUUUGUAUGAAGUUUUCUUAUUGUAAUAGAUUCAACUUGGCUAUUAAUUUGCCUAUGCCGGAUGAAAAAAUAGAAGAUAGGUAGGUAGCAUGACAAAUGCAGCAGUUUCAUUUAAA